AUGGAACACCCGAUCUCACUUUGUCAGCGUUGCAGGGUUCUCCAGUUCAACGAGCAAGACUAUGGCACCGUCGAAAACGAGUCAUUGGGGAACUGCACUGUUGUGUUUGACCAUUUUGAUGAUGAAGAUUAUUAUGAGGACGAUCCAUUCUAUGAAGAUGACCAGGAUAUCAGAAGGCAGGAAAUUUCGCUUGACUACCAGCUCCUUGACAAGUUUCCAGAUUUUUGGUUCUUACGGCAUCCACUGCAUCUGGAUGUGAUUGUCAGCAUUGUCUGCAAUGGCUCAAAAGCUUGCAUUAGAGACAAAGGGAACACAGUUAGCAGAAAUUUGGAUAGAGGAAUUUUAUAUCAACCUUCUCUGGCCACCCCAAGGCAUGAGAUCAUUGGAAGCCUUCGGACCCCGCUUGAUGAUGAAGAGUCAAUAGCACCAUCAUGGAGCUGGGUUAGUAACCCAAACCCGGUGAAAUGGGGUGGAGAAACCAAUAAUUUCGAUCCUCUGUUCAUGUGCCAAUCUAAGAUUGCAUCGAUAAAUAUGAAGACUAACUUGAAUCCAUAUGGACAAUACGUUGCCGAUGUUCGCUUCGACUGGACCCAUGACUCAUCCGAGGCUCAGACACACUCCACAGAAAAAGAGAAAGACAUCCUGAAUAUGUUGUCUAUGGUCCUGAUAUUGAGAUAUGAUGGUGAAGAGGAAGACUUCAUGAUGGGUUUGCUUGUGCUGCCUACGAAUAUGCCUAGUGUAUAUCGCAGAUCAGGUCUCUUUUCUUGCGAAAAUGGUCAAGAAUUCUGGUAUAACAUUGAUACUCCAAUUGUCGCAUUGGUUUGA